AUGUCGAGCAACCCGACGCCGUACAUCGGCAGCAAGAUCAGCCUAGUCUCAAUGUCGGAAAUCCGAUAUGAGGGAGUUUUGUACAACAUCAACACCGAGGAGUCGACCAUUGCCCUGCAGUCCGUGAGGUGUUUUGGCACAGAGGGGCGAAAGAUGCCAGAGGUACCUCCCUCCAACGAAGUCUACGACUUCAUCAUCUUUAGGGGUCAGGACAUUAAGGACCUCACGGUCCUGGAAUCUGGGAGCAGUCCGGCCAUCAACGACCCAGCGAUCCUCUCAGUCAACAAGCCGCCCGCCGGGGCCAAAGCCGGCGAAGGGCCAAAGGGCGCCGACAAGGGCUCGAUGGGAAAGGCCCCAACCGACGGGAAGGGCAAAGGCUAUGAGGGCGCGACGGGCUACGCAGGCUACAGUGGCAAGGGCUACGACGUCGGAAAAGGCUACGAUGGCGGAAAGGGCUACGACAGCGGAAAGGGCUACGAAAAUGGCAGGGGCUAUGGCCAUGAUGGUAGAGGCUGGGGCGAUGCCGGCAAAGGCUACGGCUUUGAUGCCAAGGGCGGCUACGGCAAAGACAAAGGCAAGGAGAAAGGAAAGGAUGUGGCCAAGGGAAAGGACGCAGGAAAAGGCAAAGGCGAUGGAAAGGACGGCAAGGGCAAAGAUGCCAAAGGAAAGGGCGACAUGAAGGGCGAAGCCAAAGGAAAAGCUGACGGAAAAGGCCAGCAAGGAAAGAAGGGCGACAAGGGAAGCCCAAAAGGCAAAGAUGCCAAAGGGAAGGAUGCCAAGGGCAAAGAUGCCAAGGGCAAAGAUGCCAAAGGCAAAGGCAAAGGCAAAGGAGAGAAGGGAAAGGAUGGAAAGGGCGAAGGGAAAGGCGGCCGCCGUCGUGGUGGCGGCAACGGCAUCGUUGGGGAGCUUUUGCCGGAGGAGAAUGCCGACACUAAGCGCCAGUAUGCCGAGGACUUCGACUUCGCGUCGUCUGCGCAGAAGUUUGACAAGGUCUCGGAUGAAGACCUCCUAAAGCCUCUGGAAGGCUACAACAAGGGCAAGUCCUUUUUUGACAACAUCUCCUGCGAGGCCACAGAGCGAACCGGAGAAGCCGGCCGACAACGGGCCGACCGGGACAAGGCCCGGGAAGCGGACGCUGCAGCCUUUGGCGAUGCUAACGCCCGCCGUGGCAAGGGGCAGCGGAAGGGCCGAAGCUAA